GUAACCCCGCGCUCGCUAGGGAGAGGAAGAGCCUAGCAGAAAGCCAAGAAGAUAAGCUGGUAGAACAACAUCGCUUGAUAUUGUGGAAUUAGUUGGCGAUUCUGUGGUAGUACGACAUUGUUGUAGGCAACCGUUUAACAGUAGAGCAUCAUGACACCAGCAGAAUGGAGGAUAGUCAGGAGGAGCGAGUGCAUGACGAGGAGGAGUGGCAUGUGGAGGCCAUGGCUGUCAUCCAGGACGUAAAGGACUGCGUCUCACAGAUCAGCAUCUCGUCCCUCCCUUCCUCGAACACCACCAUCUUCUUCAACCUUACCACCAGAGAGAACAACUUCUACUGCAUCGAAUUGACGGCUUCUGGUUUCAGGAUUGUGAGCAGAAAGCACGAUGACAACAGCGAACCUCUAGAGCAAUACUACGAGACACCUUACGCACUAUUGGACAGCAUCAGCCCCCUCUACAGAGAGAGCUUCAGCUCGGCACUGGCAGCCAAACUGAUGCUCCUUGAGAGCUUGAAUGAGGCAGAUGAGCCAGAAUGAUCAGUGAAUCAUGAAAAACUGCAGAGAAAGAAGGAAGAAAAGGCUUCUUUUGCUCUCACUCCACAGAAUUUUAGCUUAGUAAGAAAGUAGCAUGCUAAACGUGACUCAGUGCAGGUGUGCUGAAUUGCUGUAGUAGGUGUUGUAUUGUAAAAAGACUCGACAAAAUAUUUAAAGCUCUCUGGCCUGGAGGUCUGUGAAACGUCAGUUCAAAGUGGAGGCUUCUCUUCUAACUCUGAAGUCUUAGAUUUUUUUAAGGGAAUGGAGACACUGUAAUAAGACACUUACAUAGAUGAAAACUGGAACUUUCAUGCAGUUGAAGUGUAAUUAAAAUUCUGCUAAUUAUGUGAUAUAGAAAAAGAAAUCUAGAAGCCAGCUUUCCUGAAACAACAAGUAAAACUAAGGGUAAGUUUAUUUUUUUCCAUUGAUCAUAGACAGUAUGAAAAAGAUAAUAUAUGUAUACUUCUUUUUUGUGUGAAUGCAAAUUAUUUUGCAUCUCUAAAUAAGUACUGGUAAAUGAAUGCUAUUUUUCUAUAUUUGUGGUAGAACGAAAGAAGUUUUUUUUUCCUUCAAGGCAUGUUUCUUCUACACAAGUGAUGUGUACGAACUUCAUUGUAUUUGUGAACAGUAUUGACACAAAAAUGAAUAGAGAUUAGAUGUGUUCACUGUCAAGCAUGAGAUCAUUUGAUAAUACAUUAUGGACUGUAACA